AAUGUAAAGUAGUUGAAUAUUGGGGUAUGUUGCUGGACAAGUGAAAGGAUGAGAUUGAUAAUUCAGGAUAUACUCAUAAUUCUGCUGGUUAUUGUUUGUACUAUAACUGUACUGUUAGAUUUUACUGAGAAGCCUGAUGCGUCUUCUGUAGUAUUUCGAGUAUCGUCAGAUAAUAAAAUAGCCAAUUCGGAUGACUUUGAAUUAGAUUCAGAGGUUUCGUACAAUGUUAAAACUGGUCCUCUAAUGGAUGUUGACGAAGAAGUAGAUGAGAUGAUAGUUGGCGGAGAUGAAAUUGUAUACGAGCCAAUAAAUCGAAUAACAACAAAACUAUUGCAAUGUGAAGGACCAGGGGGAUUAGGUAAUAAAAUAAGAUCAAUAUCUUCUUGUUAUAUGCUCGCCGAAAUUCUCGACAGGCAACUAGUAGUCAUUGAUAAUUGGCCAACAAGAUGCCCAAUGUCCAAUCACUUUGAACCAUCCCAUUUACACCUUCAAAGGGAUAGAUUUUGCAACAAAUAUAAUUCAUAUGUAUUAAAAGUACCAUUUAAUUAUCAUAAAAUUAUUAAUAGCCAAUCAAUAAUGGAAUUAAGAAAAAGAAAUGAAUCUUGUAUCCUAAUAAAAUCAAGUACAUCGUUUAUGUAUCAAAAUUUUGAUGAGCCUGUUGUACAACUACUAAAAGAGAAGAAUUUAACAUCGAAGAGUUUACGUUCAACAUUCAGAAAUGUAUUUAAAAAGCUUUUUAAGCCGAAAAUAAAUUUACAACAGAUUGUUGACAACAACUUGAAUCAAAUGAGAGAUGUUGAUGCCGAAGAUGAUCCUAAAAAGUUAAUAUGCUUUGAAGUUAAAUCUGGAUGGGAUGAGGCGGGUGUUGGUAAAUGGACUGAAAACUGUUAUCAAAAUUUGAUACAAACUAUUAACGAAAAUAUAAGAAAUUUUACAGAUAGUAAAGUCUUCUUGAGUACAGAUAGCAAUUUAAUGGGAUCUCUUAUUAAAUUGACCUUUGGUGAUAAUAUUCACGUUGCUGAGGAAAAAUUAAUGGAAUUUUCAACGGAUAAACUAACAGGUACACCUUGCACACUUUAUAAUAAAAUCUACACCGAUUUCCUUAUUUUAACAUUAUGCGAUAAAUCAUAUACAAGUCAUUUUUCAUCAUUUGGCUUGUUAUCUGCACGUCUUAAUCAAUUGUUAACAAUGAAUGUUAUGAAAUGUGAAGAAAAUCGAUUCUCAAUUAUAGAAAAAGAUUUUUAAUUCUAUUUUUCAUAUUAUAAUAUGUUAAUUUAUUACUUCAAAUCCUUCUCAUUUUCUACCUACUACUAUCCCUACCAAUCUCUUUACACAUAUAUAUAUAUAUAUAUAU